AAUAUCCAUACAUCUAUACUGUCUAUACUAUCAUGUCCUUCUUCCUCCCCCCUCACAAAGCACAAGGACUCGCAAACUACCCCCACGCCCGAAUUGUGCCUGGCAGAGAAUCACCCCCCUGCCAACGAACUCUAUACAUCUCCGGCACAUCCUCUCGCAACGGCGACGGGACAUGGGAGGGAGUGAGUGAGGAUGCCGAGGGAGGGUUGAAACUGGAUAUCCGUGCCCAAACGGCUGCUGUGUUGAGAAAUAUUGGGGAGAUUAUCCGGUUGGCAAGUGACGGGGCGGGGAAUCUGAUGGAUGUGGUUGAUGUGACUGUCUUCCUGACGGACUUGGAGCGAGAUUACGCUGGGAUGAACGAGGAGUGGAAUCGGGUGUGGAAGAGGGAAGAGGCGCCUGCGAGGACGACGGUGGGAGUGAAGGCGUUGCCUAAUAGCCGGUUACUUGUUGAGAUGAAGUGUGUUGCAGUUAUUUUCUUUUAAUAGUAUACAUACAUACUAUACUAUACUAUAUAUCUCUAUUUAGUAAGUAUAUAUUCGCUUCGCAUACUAUGCAUCGCAUACUACAUAGGGCAAUGCAAAACACGAACCACACAAAACACAUCUUUAGAAUACUCCCCC